AUGUUGUCGCGAGGCUCUGCUCGAUCGGCCCAGCUGCUGCGCGGCGUGGCCCAGCAACAACCCCAGCUCGCCCGAUCCUUCGCCACGGUCCAGUCCGACAUCUUCAAGCCCUCCAAGUUCGGCGGCAAGUACACCGUCUCCCUCAUCCCCGGCGACGGCAUCGGUACCGAGGUGGCCGAGUCGGUCAAGACCGUCUUCAAGGCCGACAACGUCCCCGUCGACUGGGAGCAGAUUGAGGUUUCCGGCCUUGAGGGCGGCCGCACCGAGGAGGCCUUCCGCCAGUCCGUCUCGUCGCUCAAGCGCAACAAGCUCGGCCUCAAGGGCAUCCUGCACACCCCCAUCAGCCGCUCCGGCCACCAGAGCUUCAACGUCGCCCUGCGACAGGAGCUCGACAUCUACGCCAGCAUCUCGCUGAUCAAGAACAUCCCCGGCUACGAGACCCGCCACAAGGACGUCGACCUGUGCAUCAUCCGUGAGAACACCGAGGGCGAGUACUCGGGCCUCGAGCACCAGUCCGUCCCCGGCGUCGUCGAGUCGCUCAAGAUCAUCACCCGCGCCAAGUCGGAGCGCAUCGCCAAGUUCGCCUUCUCCUUCGCCCUGGCCAACAACCGCUCCAAGGUCACCUGCAUCCACAAGGCCAACAUCAUGAAGCUGGCCGACGGUCUCUUCCGCAGCACCUUCCACCAGGUCGCCAAGGACUACCCCACCCUCGAGGUCAACGACAUGAUUGUCGACAACGCCUCCAUGCAGGCCGUGUCCCGCCCCCAGCAGUUCGACGUCAUGGUCAUGCCCAACCUGUACGGUGGCAUCCUGUCCAAUAUUGGUGCCGCCCUCGUCGGUGGCCCCGGUAUCGUCCCCGGCUGCAACAUGGGCCGUGAGGUCGCUGUCUUCGAGCCCGGCUGCCGUCACGUCGGUCUCGACAUCAAGGGCAAGGACCAGGCUAACCCCACUGCUAUGCUCCUGUCCGGCAGCAUGCUGCUGCGCCACCUCGGCCUCGAUGAGCAUGCCAACCGCAUCUCCAAGGCCACCUACGCCGUCAUUGCCGAUGGCAAGGUCCGCACCCCCGACAUGGGCGGCUCGUCGACCACCCACGAGUUCACCCGUGCCAUCCUCGACAAGAUGGAGACGUUGUAA